AUGCAACCCGACGAGCGCGACCUAGAUCAAGACACCGUAUCCACGGAUCCAUACGACGCAUUAGAAACUGUCUCUGCUCUUGUUCGGAUUGAAGGAUUGGGGUCACUACGCAGCGUAGUGAAACUUUGUCACUACUCAUUCCAAGAGUAUCUCUGCUCCGAUGCCAUCCGACAAGGUCCAGCCAGUGUAUUCUACGUCGAUAAAGAAGCAGCACACGCGUGGAUAACUGGUAUAUGCCUUCAAUAUCUCACAUUCGAUAGCUUCAAUAUGCCACUGAAGUGCGGUCUAGAUUUGGAUUUUGGUAACAGCUACACGUUUCGACGAUAUGCCGCACUCAAUUGGUUCAAGCAUUCCAUGAUCGCAGGAAAUUACUGGAUACUAAGAAACACGACCAUACCUUUUCUGGAUUUAUUCCUAGACACCGACGAGGGACCGCCUUGUUAUAAGAGAUGGCAGGACCUGGUUGCGAGCAUAUACCCCUAUACUGACUUUGUCGGUUAUUCCCCUAUAUGCAUAUGCAUUUGGCUCCAACUGAAUGACGUUGCAAGAAGCCUGAUCCAUCGACUACCCUUGUUGGACCACAACUUUGAGAACGGUUUGACAUGCCUUACUGUAACAGCGAAAGAAAACAACCUUUACAUGACGAAUUACCUGCUACGCCAUGGCGCGAAUGCUAAUAAGCCGACUUCGAAACCAGAAUUUCCGAGACUUAUGACUCCGGUCCAUUUCGCCGCCGAAUUCUGUGCGUCAGAGGUACUGGAAACGUUGCUAGAGUAUAGGGCUGACCCACAUAUUCCUUCAGUGUCCGGAGCAACUCUACUCUACCGAGCUUGCCGUGGGGGCGACUUGGGCAUAGCGAAGAGACUCAAGGGGUAUGGCUGCGACAUUAACGCACGGAGUUGGGACAAUUGGACACCUAUGAUCGAGGCAGUCGUGAACGAGCAUGAGAGUGUAGUUGAUGUUCUCACCGAGGGGGGUGCUGAUUUGUCUAUCAUCACGUAA